GCUUUAUCACCAAUGUCAUUAGUUGACUAUCAUUGAAAACGAUUAAGAACAAUAUUGGUCAUUAAGUGUAUAGUAUUAUCAGUUUUUUCGAUCCUCAUUAGUUAGAUGUAUUUUGUUUUUGAUAAAAUGUAUUUAUGAUCAAUUAUGUUUUUCGGCUUCAUAUUUUAUGAUAUGAAGAGGAUUUAUUACAGAUCGUAACAGAAAAAGAAAAAAAAACAGAAGUACUAGAGUUUAAAAUAGUUUAGAUUGUUAUAGAUGUCGCUGUGACUGUCGACCAAUUGGACGUCAAUUUUGCAGAUUAUUGAAAUUUCUUAGUGAUGCGCAGUUGAUGAGAAACAAGUUUUUAGUAUUUAGUGAGUUGAAGUUAUUAGACUUGUGAGGUGUAAAGAAUCUUGAAAAUUUUCCCGGGAAAACAGAAAUAGGGUUUUCAUUUGUUUUAGUAUUGAAGAUUUUAUUGAAAUUAAGAUUAAUAUAAAUUGAAUGUUAACAAUGAUUUUGAAAAGUUGUUUAUUGUUAAUAACAUACUUUUUGGUACAAGAUGCCACGGCAGAGAAUCGCAGAUUGGAUACUUAUGACAUAAAUAGUAUACAGGUAUUCGUUAAUAAUGUUCAUGAAAGAGCGCGGUCGGAUUAUCGGUUGGAAAAUACAACAUUGGAAGAUGAUGAAAAAAAUAAUGUUUUGAAAAUGAUAUUCAAUGACUUAACGAAUAUACUAACUGAGUUAAAUAAAAUGUCUAACGAUCCACGUAAAAUCCUUUCAUCUGGUGACUUGAUUAGUUUCGUUGCUAAUUUAGAGAAACAUGAUCUAAAAAAUGGUCAUUCUGUACAACCAAAAUUGUCAGUAAAAUUGAAUACGAUAUUUGAUAUAAGUGAAAUAAUAAAUUCAUACACCGAGCCAUUGUUGAAAUUAGGCAGCAGUAAUUUUUCUGGCGAACGAGAUAUGUCGGAAUUCUGUCCAUCUAACCAAAAUAUUCAAUUCAAGUUUGAACGGCCAAUUGUUCUUAAUGAAUACAAAAAAUCUAUUGAUAACCUCACAGUCAGAAUGUAUAACAAAACGCAACAUGAUUCUUGUGGUCAAACAAGUUCAUUAAAUCAAGCGAUAUUUGAUUAUCAUCAUCAAGUUGUCGCCACAUAUCUAAAAGAAUAUAUAAUGCUCAAUUUCGUUGAUAUUAUUGAUGGCCGUUGUUAUGACUGGAAUGUAAUUCCAUUAUUAAACACUCGUCGAAUCGAUUCGAUGAAGGAACUAUCAGAGAUCAUUAAAUUAGCUAAAAAACUUCUAGAUCAUGCUAAUCAUUUUAUUUACAGAUGUGAUGCAGACUAUAGUAAUAAUGCUAACGAGAAGUCGUAUUACGAAUUAGAACAUAUGAUACAAACAGUAAUAGUUCCCGAAAAAGAAUUGAGUACAACCGGAUCCUGCAGCCAUAAUUGUGAUUUGAACGCUAUCAGACAUUCAAUUAAUAAUCAAGACUGUGACGAAUAUCAACACUGUCAUUAUCUCGACAGCAACUAUGAAAUCUGUGAAUCGUCUGAUAAAACGAGUUCGAGACGUUACGAGUGGUUCAAAGGCAGCAAGGGAGCACCUUAUGGCAAAAACUACCCAAGCUGUAAUGGCACAGUGAAGACUUUAUCCAGUUAUUAUAAUCCCUUUCCACCUCGUUGGUGUGACUAUUGUGUGUGCACCUGUGCCCAAAAAUCGCGACGAAGGAAUGUCAUCGCUGCCGUUAGUUUCAGAGAACAAGUCACCGAUAUUGAUAAUAACAUGGUAGUCGUCGGUGUGAGAUUUGUUGAGAAAGGCAAAUUAAUUCAUGUCCAGAUAAAAGAACGGAAACUGAAACCCACUAGCUCAGAUGAUAGAGGCUCAUGGAAAGAAUUGGAAAACAUCUAUAAGAAUGAUAAUACUGGGAAAUUUUUAAUCAGAAAUACAAAGUUCUCUAUAGUAGAGCUUAAACCGAACGUCGAUUAUGGAGAAGCAAAAUUAAUGGAUCUUGAUGAUUUUAUUGCGCCCAAUGGUUACGUUGUUACAGGGGUAAAAUUAGAGUUUUCUAGAUUCUUUUUCAGUACUUUAAGUGUAAAUACCGAAACAAUUCAACUGAAAGUACGCGUCACGCCUUUUGAUUACCUUAAAGGUAUACUAAUAAAUAAAAAUCAAACACAUUGGAUCAAUUUCAGUGAACGGCCCGGGAGGCGACAAUCAAUCAUAAAUGAUUCAGAUUUGCCAACAAAGUCUCCUAAAAAUGUUAUUGACUCGAAUCCGAACCAAUAUAUUAAAUUCUACGUUUCGGAUUUGAGGAAAGAUGGCGGACAAUCAACAAUACCAUUUUUUGAUGCUCAAAAUGUUGAAGGUACUCCUGAAUUUCCGUUAGGGGGAGUCGGGGUCGUUCAUCGCGGUCAUAAAGGCUAUGGUGGAUUCGUGGCAUUAAGAAUUCAUGAUUUGAAUCUCUCAAAUUACUUCAAUGAUAAAAUUCAUGAGCAACUCUAAAUUUAAUUUUUGUGAUUUGAUAUUUUAAGUAUAUUUUAUGUAAUAAGAAAAAUUUCUGACAUUAAAAGCUAUAUUCAUAAUUC